UUCCGGAAGUCCCGGGAGCGUGACUUCGUGCCGCGCGUCCGGGCCCGCGGCCUCCAUUCGGGGAAGCCGAACAUGAAGAUCACCAGGCAGAAGCACGCCAAAAAGCACCUCGGGUUCUUCCGCAACAACUUUGGGGUGCGCGAGCCGUACCAGCUCCUGCUCGACGGCACUUUCUGCCAAGCCGCACUGCGGGGCCGCAUCCAGCUGAGAGAGCAGCUGCCUCGGUACCUCAUGGGGGAGACGCAGCUGUGUACCACCCGGUGCGUGUUAAAGGAGUUAGAGAUGCUGGGCAAAGAUUUAUAUGGGGCAAAACUGAUUGCACAGAAAUGCCAGGUUCGAAACUGCCCCCACAUAAAGGAUGCAACAAGUGGAUCCGAGUGUCUGCUUUCCAUGAUUGAAGACGGAAACCCUCAUCAUUAUUUUGUAGCAACACAGGAUCAGAAUUUGUCAUUGAAAGUAAAGAGAACACCUGGCGUUCCUCUCAUGUUUAUUAUUCAGAAUACUAUAGUCUUGGACAAACCUUCUCCCAAAACAAUAGCCUUUGUCAAAGCUGUAGAGUCAGGUCAGCUUGUCUCCGUACACGAGAAACAAAGUAUUAAGCAACUCAAAGAGGAACAGGGUUUAGGGAAAAACCUUGAACAGAGGAGACGAAAGAAGCACAAGAAAAGUGGCCCCAAUCCUCUUAGCUGUUUGAAGAAAAAGAAAAAAACACAGGCUACAGAUUCAUCUACCUCUGAAAAGAAAAGGAAAAGGAAAAGAAUCCGGAACAGAUCUUCAAAAGUCCUUUUGGAAAAACAGAAUGCAGAAGCACAGUGAAUCCUUGCGACCUUUUAAAGACUUCCAGAUGUAUUUGAAACUGAAAAUAUUUACAAUAAAGUACUACAUUAGGGACCAGAGUGGUGGUGCAGGCG